GGUACAAGGACGAUAAGCUGUAUCCUUGGGCGCUUCAAGUGUCGCGAUUGAUCCUGUUCCCCGAAAGUGCCAAUCAGACUAUCUAUACCCAAUCUGUGACGCCUGACGAUGCAGGAAAUUACACCUGCGUGCUUAAAAAUGACACCGUCAUGCACAGCCAUACGAUACACCUAAAAGUUUUCGACGAAGUUCCAGACGACCCGAAAAUAACUUAUAUAUCGCAAGAUACAAGCGUUCGGGUGGGAGAUACCGUACGAUUGUUUUGUGAAGCAUUUGGUGGUCAAGUCGAUCUACCAGAUGCACACAGCGAUGCGUACUGGCAAAAAGUUGGUUCCAACCGCACAGUAUACGAACUGCCUUCACAUGUGCAACAGCUGAAAAGUGAUAGAGAGGAUGGACAAACGUUUGGUGUCUAUCUGAUGAUUCCAAGUGUUGAACAAAACGAUUUCGGGACGUAUGUUUGUGUUAUAAGCAAACCUGGAAAUACGAUAGAGCGAUCCGUUUUAGUCAAAGAAUCAGUGGACCCAAUAUCGUACCCGAACCCAAACCCGGUACCCUUUGGCCGUCUCAUCCUGCUUUUCUCUGCGUUGGCCUGCUGUGUAUUGGCCGUUGGCUUCUUGCAUCUGAGGUUCGGCCUCCGAGUGCGGGUGCACCUCAAGGACAGUUUCGGACCUCUGGAAAAUCGAGAAGGCGAUGGUGGCGACGUGCUUAUCGUCCAUUCCUCUCAGGACUCGGAGAUCGCCCUUGGGGUACUGCUUGUCGAUCUGGAAAAGUAUCAGUAUAAGUGCGAGACCAAGGAGUUGGACACCAACACCACCAACUGUCUUCUCUCCAGCCUUAGUGGACCAGCAAUGGGACUCUGAUCACGUUCUUCAUGCCAUCAAACAAUUGCAGACGCUCACUCCCAAACUCAUCGUAGUGGCCUUGAAGGAACUUCCCAAGGACGAAGCUCAACCUAAGAACUCGCAGGGUGAAACACUAGCCACAAUAACCAGAUCAGUGCCAAUGUUGCAAUGGACGAGACGAGACAACGAGAAGUUCUGGUACGCAUUAAGGCUGGAACUUCCGGCGAAAAGAAACACAGUGAACCAUCAAAUCUCGAGCGAUAAAGAAACAAGACUGACUGAUAGUUGUAAAGAUACCAACGUUGAUGAUAUCGUUUAAAUUUUAGUAAUGAGUGCCCUAGUAGCUUCGAUCAUCGAGAGCACAUAUGAAACGAGAAUGUUUAUGAACAAAAAAGUAUCGAAAAUGCGUCUUUCAUAACUGUAGUCCAAGUUCUCAGGUACCACGAACCACCCCAAUUCGCAUCAGUCUGUAUACAUCGUGUGGCAAUUAAAUGCAGGGAAUUUAAGAAAAAAACGUACAAAUAUGUUUAGGUCAAAAUUGCAUCGUCUAUCGUUACAAUGGUGCCGAUUUUUCAAUUAUCAAUUUUUGUACAUCAGAGCCAGACUAGGUUAAGUCCAAAUAAGUAGUUUUGAGAUAAUUGAAUUUGAAAUAUUUUUCUUGUAUUGUAGCAUGAGUUAAAAAAUCAUAACUUCCUUAUUAUUACAGAUAGAUGGAUGCUGAAAGUAGCAAAUGUAAAUUCACAAUAAUUGUCAUUAGCUUAACAGAUUGAAGUCACUUUUGACAAAAAUCGACUAUUCUGUGUCUUAGACAACAAAUAAAUAUUUUCUAUAUACGCCACUGUGUACGAGAUUAUGUGCUGAAUGUACAAGAAAAAUCUGGUAAUCCUGGUUCAAAAAUGUUUUCCUUGCGUUACCCACCUCUAUUUUUCCGAUGAUGAAAAAAUUCUGUUUAUGCAAAUAUUAUGCCUAGCGGAAGCAUCGGUGUUGAAAAAAAGAGAAUCCUGAAUUUCCUGAGAAACUUGUGACUAGUAAAAAGUCGGUGAUUGCUGUUAUUGAAAGCUACAUUGGUGCUGUAUAUUAAAUACAGGGUGUCACAAAUUCGAGUGUGUAUACAUACAUUUGAAACCUUCCCACCACGUAUUUAUUAAUAAGUAAAAGAAAAAACGUCUAAUGAUUUGUCACGGGGGAAACUUUUUAACCAAAAAUUACUUCUCCUCCUUCCACCCUCUGCUCCCCAGGGUCAUUCUCUUUAAAGUUUUGAAUGACAAGGGGUAUCGGUAAUAGCUUGUUUGAAAGGUCUUUCGAAGUCCUCUAUUUUGACAUUUGAUUUUUUAAAAUCGGUCUAUUCGUCUUCGAGAAAAUUAGAAUAAUCUUUUUUAUCUUAAUUUGUUCAGAUAGCAAACAAAAACACACGAAAAUAUCACUUUUUAUUUCAAUGCGUUCAAAAUGGUGUCUGUUAUUGGCCAAACAUAUAGGCGAUGUUCAAAUUCCUGACGGACAUUUUCAAAAACAUGUUGUGGGAUGUCAUGGCAGCUUUCGAUGAUGCGCUGACGAAGUUCAUCCAAACUUUUAGGUUGGAAAGUAAACACAAUAGAUUUCAAAUGGCCCCCUAGAAAAAAGUCUAAUGGCGUCAAAUCAGGAGAUUUGGCAGGCCAUCCUAUAGGCCCUCUUCGCCCUAUCCAUUUAUCUGGUAACUCGUCGUCUAGCCAUUGCCGAACCGGAAGAACAUAGUGAGGAGGACUUGUUGGAAAUAUAUUUCAGCCUCAUCUAGUAUAGGGUUUUCAUCCUCUUCGAUUUGAUAAAUGUCUCCAUUCAAAUUCCCAUUAAUAAACAAUAGCGCAAUCAAUUUGUUUCCUAAAAUGCCUGUCCUUACAUUAAUUUUUUGAGGGAACUGGAUAUAUAUCCUUUAAUUUCUUUGGGUAGAAGGCAAAGUAUUGCAAAAGUACACUCUUAUAACUUAAACUCUCAAGCUUUCGAAGAUCUAUGUCUUCAUCGUCUGGAGUAAGUCGGCGAGAUUGUUGCUGAAAUUGUUUUUAAACAACAGUGAAGGGAACACAUAGUCGACGAAUAAAAAAUUGGACUGAUGAGGUUCGAUUAGGACGGAAUUAUUUUAUUAUUAGAUGGCAAAUCAUAUUUAAAGGUUUUUUCUAAAUUAAACGUUGAUUGAUUUUGGAAGAAAUUUGGAGAUUUUAAAACUAUCAACUAUUGAAAAUUCCCUCGAGAUUUCAUCUUUUUUCCACUGAUAACAUAGACAUUAUCCAUAUAAUAUGUCUUGCUUUGAUUUCUUCCCUUGUGCCCGGUUUUCUUGUGAAUGUUGAUCCCAACCAGACAAAUUGAUCGACCUCGUCAAAAUUAUACCUUUAUGCUCCUGUCAUAAAAUCAUCACUUGUCCAUCUCAUAUAUUUAGUUUUUUCCUGGUUUGUCAUUAGACCCUUUUCCUUUGCUUUCUCUUUAAGAGUUUUUAGUACUUGUAUCAAUUCUCUUUUGCUUCUAGCAACAAUUGCAAUUGUCAUCUGCGAGCGCUAAACAUUGGUGCUUUCUAUUGUAUAAUAAACCAUUCCUAUUUAAAUUUGCUGCUCUGAUUAUAUCUUCCAAUACAUAGUUGAAUAAAACUGUUGACAACGGAUCCCCUUACCGCAACCCCACUUUUACCUUGAACUUUUCCUCUAACUUUUAUUCUAUUUUCCGUUUCCUGAAGUGUCAACUUUAUUAGCCUUAUAAUCUUUUCACUAUUUCCUAGUCCUCUUAGUGCUUGGCAUACUGCCGAUCUUCGGAUUGUAUCAUAUGCUUUUUUGAAGUCUAUAAACACUACAUAUGUCUCUUUCUGAUGUUGAUAACUCUCAGCCUAGAUCUCUCUAAGCGAAAAAAAUCGGUCCACCACUCCCCACUCCUAUUCUUUCUAACAUUUUCGAUGAAAGUCUACUCUUAAUACAGGUAGCUAGCACUUUAUAUCCAACAUUCAAUAGGGCUAUCCCUGUAUAGUGUUUUUAUCACCUUUCUUAAACAUUGGGCUUAUUAACGCCUCACUCCAUUCACGCGUCAUUCUUUCUGUUUCCCAAAUUUCCCCUAUCAAACUGUGCAUUACCUCAAUAACUUUGUCGCCUGUGACUUCAUCUAUACCAGCACUUUUAUUUGAUUUCAAGCUUCCUAGAAUCUUUUUUAUAUCAUCUAGGUCUGGUUUAUCAUCCAACUCCGUUUCAUGUUCCUCAAAAUCGUUAAUUCCGUGCUCGUCGUCUUCCCGAAAAUUUUCAUUCUGGAACUGGACAUGUCCUUCUAUAAAAGCAUGACGGUUUUCAUUGCUCCAAUACUUGCGGUUGUGCCUAUUAACAAAUCCAUUUAGAUAAAAUGUGCAUAAAUCACUGAAGCAGAUAUUUUUUACAUGAAUGGUAUUAUCAUUAAUCGCUGCAGUUAUGUGAUCACAAAACCCAACUCACCUAUUAAAAUUAUCUUCGGUUAACUCUUGCAAUAUUUUCAUUUUGAAUGGAUGAAAUUUAUGGAGUUUAGUAAAUGUGUGUACAGAGCCUACUGAAAUACCAGUCACAGCAACAAUUUUGCCUAUUGAAGUAUUAGGAUUUAUUCCAAAAUGACCCAAAACUUCAACUUGUGCGGACAGACUAAAAAUUCUCCGAUGAUCAUGUUUUUUAUUUGCAACAGAUCCAGUUUGAGUAAAUUUAGUAAUAAGGUCCACAACAUACCUACGCGAAGUUAUCUUUCCCUGAUGUCUGGCGUUAUUCCCUUUCCUUUGGCUAGUGUGUAAACUAUUUUGGAAGUAAAAUCUGAAUCAAUAAAUCAAUUUUCACUAUCCCAAGAUUGUCACAAAGGUUGCUGACAGCAAAUUAAAUACUUUCUUCCCCUUAGGAACAAAUAACUAAACACGUUUUGAAUUAUAAACGAAUUGUAGAUUUUGCAAACCCUAACGGGCUACAUUUUGAACACUUAUUGAAAUAAAAAGUGAUAUUUUCGUGUCUUUUUGUUUUCUAUCUGAACCAAUUCAGAUAAAUAAACAUUUUACUAAUUUUCUCGAAAACGAAUCGACCGAUUUUAAAAAAUCAAACGUCAAAAUAAAGGACUUCGAAAGACCUUUCAAACAAGCUAUUACUCGAUACCCCUUGUCAUUUAAAAUAUUUAAGGGAAUGACCCUAGGAGCUGAGGGUGAAAGGAGGUAAAAUAAUGUUUGAUUAAAAAGUCCCCCUUGACAGAUCAUUUAACGUGUCUCGGCGUUUUUUCUUUUAAUUGAUGGUUGUCGAUAAAUCCGUCGUGGGAAGUUUUCAAAUGAACACCCUGUAUAGGGAUCACAAAAUAAGUGUGUAAGUACAGCGGUUGGACGUUUCUUCUCGUUUUCCAAGCCUCUCUGUUUUGCUAUAGUUCAUUAUCUAGUUGUCUUUUCUUAUUGCUUCAGCUAUCUUUUGAUCCCAAGUUCUUUUUGGUCUCCCCCCUUUUCCUUUUAAAUCGUGGUUUCUAUUUCCACAAUUUUUGGGGCUAGUUUCAGUCUUCAGACAGUUUUCUCAUCAUUUGUUUUGUUUCUGUACGAUCUGUAAAAGUUGUUUGCGCAUCCAUGCUUUGUCUCGUCAGUCGUUCCUACAAUUGUAGG